AUGGACGUGGUUCAGUCGACCUCCACAGAAAUCACGAUCGCUAAUAAAUCCCUCAAGAAAAUACCCAGUGUGCUUCUGGGCAGCCUAGUGGAGGAACCUAAAAAACAUGCUAUUCCCAAUCACCUGCUGGAAUCAAAGAUUUAUUCAGAACUUCAGAGGAGCAAGGUUAUUCAGGCUGAGCCUGCAGUGUUACACUACGGAGGGUAUAAAGUUGGAGAACAUCACCCACAGACGUUGAAACUGAUAAAUAUUUCUGGCAGUGUAACGAACCUGCACAUAAUACCACCCCAGACAAAGUAUUUUCAGAUCAAAUACAACAAAAAACACCAGCUUGUUCCUGGCUUCUCAUAUACAGUUACUGUUGAUUUUUGCCCUGAUGAGUGGCGGUAUUACCACGACUGCAUCCGAAUUCACUGUCAGGGAGAAGAUACACUGGUUGUUCCUGUGCAUGCUUACCCUGCUGUGAAUGAUGUGGAUUUUCCACCACUUAUAAAUCUGUCUGAUGUAUCAGUCGGUAAGAGUAAGGAGUACGUUAUCCCGUUGCAGUGCAGCUGUCCAGUGGAUUUUGAAUUCCACGUUGAUUUUAUUCAGCCUCACAGAGCCUUCACUGUCCAGCCAACAUUUGGAAUCAUUCCAGGCAAUGGGAAAGUGGAAUUAACUGUGAAAUAUUCCCCCCUUGAGUAUGGAACAGCACAAACGACAAUGCAGUUACAGAUUUCACAGUUUCACUCAAAGCCCUAUGUGUGUGUAUUCACAGGAACAUCAACACCACAUCUGGGUCUAACAAAAGAACAUUUUGACAAACAACAAAGUCAUCCAGAGAAAAAAGCGGCUUCUGCAGGAAAAUCCAUAGUGUGGAGAAGAGGCCAAUUCAGCCAACAACAGUCAAGGCCUAUUCAGAAAAUAAAGGAAAUUGAAUACCAGAACCUCAGAUUCCCCACCGACUUGUCAAAUCCUUAUGCUGUAGCUACCGUUUUGAAUCAGAAACCAAGCAAAUUGAAGAUUAAGGACUUGAAAGAAGCCCUUUGCCAAGGCAAUGAAGGAAUAAAAACUAGAGAGAUGAAGGAAGCUGGAUUUCAACUAAAAGUCAAACAAAAUAUUCAGGAAGAGGAAGCAGAUGAUCUGAAGUGGAAAGUUCAUAAAGGCAAAGAUCCAGUCUCUGUGGAAUUUAAAAAAGAGUUUAUUGGAAACCAACGGAGGGAAGAAGAGCAAUGCAAGAUCCACAGAGGAGAUUCUGUCAUAGAACAGGAGUUUCAAGGGAGCAAAAUAGAAGUUUCUUUCAGACGUGUUAUCUCCAAUGUCCAUCCCACAUUUGACUUGCUCCCUAAUGACCCUUGGGACAACAGAAACAGGAUGUUGAGGAAAUUCCAACAAGCAGCAUACAAGGUUGUGAUUCAGAUUCGACUAAAUCGUUUACUGCUUCUGUUCCGUGGGCUAACCAGAGAAGCCAGAGGUUUGAAGGAAAGCUCUGUGUCUGAAAACAGGAGUUUCAGCAAAACAGAGAAGAGUGAAGAAUGUAAGGGCAUUUCUUCCAGCAUAUCUGAAGAUCGUAUAUUGCCUUUUGCAUUCCCCUUUAACAGUUCCCAUAAAUUGCUCCGUGAUUUGGCACCUGACGCUCUUGGCCUAGUUCCUGUCAAACCUAUCGAUGUGACAGUCAGGCACUUUCUUCCUUUUUAUGACUUGAAGGUUCCUCAGCGUUUCAGCAUUAUGAACUAUCAGCCAUUUUGUACACACCAUGCAGCCACAAGUUACAAACCUCGAAAACUUUCCCGACCACUGAGGCAGGGAGCCCAGGAUGAGUUGGUUCAGGUAGUUGCUUCUCCUGAGGGGCAGCUUAAGUUGGUCUCCCAGAGGAUGGGUUUUCACAAAACAUCCCCAGAAGAAGUAGCAGCAAAGGAUAUCAGCCUCUUAAAACUGGUUCCUCCUCAAGCUUUAGUCUACCCUACAGAGAGCAACCCACUUCGCAUUUUUAACCCCACUCCAGGAUUAGUUCCAGUUUUACCUCCUUUGGCCUAUUCUGAAACAAAUAUUGAAUAUCAUCUUUGCCCUCAUCCAAAAUACACCUUUACCAAGGAAUGCCCCAAAGGAUCCAGUAUUCCAGUCACACAAAAGAAAUUUCUGCAUCACAAGGAGGUGAUUUGUGAAGUAAUGGAAUGGAGAAAGUUCUUGCCAGUGGUCUAUUCCACUUUUUCUAACACUCCCACACUGGCGAGUACAAUACCUAGGGAUCCUUACAGUUUAGAUAUGCUUCCAAGAGAGGUACCACCAACCCUGUAUGACUUACCUGAGAGGGACAGGGAGAACAUAAUUGACCAUGAGACAGAUGAAACUGAGUUCAAAAUGAUUCUUACUCCAGAGAUGGUGAGAGCUGAAUUUCCACAAAUCGGGCAGGCGUUCUCAGAAGGCAAAGAGAAAUCAGCCAAAGAAGAAAGAGACCUGCACAACCAUCCAGAUGGACAUUUUCAGCCACAAAGCAACGAGCUCAGAGAGAAGGUUCAAAAACACGUGGAGAAAAUGAAGCUGAAAGCACUUAAUAAAACCCUUAUUCUGGGAUAA